CUUGUCUCUCCUCUUACUCAUCUUCUUCCUCUGCCUUUUCCCAGCAUUGAACAUCUACUUUCAUUUACGCUGUUUGGGAAGACGAUACAGCUGCCGGAGGCUCCGUCUGCUGCGGUGGCUGCUUCCACAGCUCCAUCUAAUGAUAUUUCCACUGAUGAUACUUUAGUUCAAGAUCGUCCUUCUUCGCCGAAUUCUUUACCUGAAGACAGCAGCAAUCCGGAUAGAAGUGGAGCGGAGGAAGAAUCCGACAAGGAUCUCCUGGAACCUGAUGCAGCCCAUGCGGUCAAAAUGUUGUUGCCCGACUAUGUUAACGGGGACUUGUCAGCCCUGUGUGUAUGGCCUGAUCAACCAAUGCAUGUAGGCUUUACAAGUGAUGAAGGAGGAAACACCAUAAAUUUGCGCUGGUUUAGGCACAAAUCCAAUCUGCACCAUGUCUGGGACAGAGAGAUUAUUCUUACGGCUGCUGCAGAUUACUACGGGAAGGAAGUCGACCUCCUUGAGCAAGACAUAGAAAGUAACUUUACAGAUGGAAUCUGGUCUGACGAUCUUGACUCCUGGAGGGACUGCAGUGAUCUCCAUACCUGUGUAACCAAGUAUGCAGCAGAAAGCAUCAAUAUUGCUUGCAAAUGGGGUUACAAGGGAGUUGAGGCUGGAGAGACUCUCUCUGACGAUUACUUCAACUCUAGACUGCCCCUUACUUGGAUGAAGUUGAUGCUGAGAUGCGAAGAGUACAACAUGAGGUUGAUGAUGAAGAUGAAAUGGAAGAUGAAGAUGAGGAAAAUGGAAUGGAAGAUGAUGGUCCAAAUAAUGAUGGUGGUGUAAAUGCUGUUAACGAGAAUCGAAUUCGAACAGUACAACCAACUAGCGAGUGGACACAAUUUAGGAAUGCUUUAGCACGAGCAAUGUUUAUUGACUAUCAAAUUAGACAAGGCCAUCAUGGAAGUUGAAAUUUGAUAGGAAUUUAUUCGAACUUAAUUUCAUAUUAGAAUGGCCAUUUAUUGAAAAAUAGUAGCAAUGUAUAAUUGUGCUUUUUUUUUCUUUUUUUUUUGGCUAAAAACACUUUGUUUGCGUAUUCCUCUAUUUCUUGUAUUCCUAUAUUGAAAUUUCUUGUAAGAUACAAAACUCAAAUAUUUAUAAUAGGUACAAGUUAUGACUUUCCUCCCAAUUCAUAUCAUAGAGUAGGCUUUUGAUUUUCUAAAAUUUAAAGUUCUUAACUUUAAAAA